CAUGAUGAUACACACAAACACAUAGCUUAGCAUCACAAAAAGAACAAAAGCAACCAUGGUGCUUGGAAUAGCAGAUACCAUUAGAGCUCUCAUUACUAAAAUUCUGCAUCAUUACAUCCAUAAAGACUUCCAUGAAGCAGUUGCCAAGAUGACCAUCAUAGAUGCUUUUCUCUUCCUCAUUGUUCACUCCUUUGACAAGUUGGGGUUAUGGCACCGUUCACCUGUUUUCUUAGGCCUGUUGUACCUUGCCAUUCGGCGCCAUCUUCACCAGGAGUACAACCUCUUGAACGUGGGGAGCACACCGGUGGGAGUUAGAUUCAACCCUUCUGAUGUUCCAUUCAGAACUUCUGAUGGAAAAUUUAAUGACCCGUUCAAUGAAGGUGCUGGUAGCCAUGGAUCUUUCUUUGGAAGAAAUGUUCUCCCGGUCGACCAGAAAAAGAAGCUGUUGAAGCCGGAUCCAAUGGUGGUGGCUGCCAAACUUCUUGCAAGGAGAACAUACAAAGAUACAGAUAAGCAGUUCAAUGUGAUAGCUGCCUCUUGGAUUCAAUUUAUGAUUCAUGACUGGAUCGAUCAUCUUGAGGGCACCAACCAGAUUGAACUCACUGCACCAAAAGAAGUUGAAAGUCAAUGCCCUCUCAAAUCUUUCAAGUUCAUCGAAACAAAGGAAAUUCCCACGGGCUUUCAUGAUAUCCAGACCGGAACAUCGAACAUCCGUACUCCUUGGUGGGAUGGAAGUGUCCUAUAUGGAAGCACUGAAGAAGUUUUGAAGAAAGUGAGGACUUUCAAAGAUGGGAAGAUCAAGAUAUCGAAGAAUGGUCACCUUCUUCACAACGAAAAUGGAACAGCAAUCUCAGGUGACAUCCGCAAUAGUUGGGCCGGUGUCUCAACCUUGCAGGCCCUUUUCAUUCAAGAACACAAUGCUGUUUGUGAUGCUCUCAAGAAAAACUAUCCACACUUGGAAGACGAUGAUCUUUAUCGCCAUGCCAGAUUGGUGACCUCAGCUGUGAUUGCCAAGGUUCACACCAUAGAUUGGACUGUUGAGCUUCUCAAAACUGACACUUUACUUGCAGGCAUGCGCGCCAAUUGGUAUGGAUUAUUGGGAAAGAAAUUCAAGGACACGUUUGGGCACGUUGGAGGAUCCAUAUUAGGAGGAUUUGUGGGGUUGAAGAGACCAGAAAAUCAUGGUGUCCCAUAUUCUCUAACUGAGGAAUUUGUCAGCGUCUAUAGAAUGCACCCACUCCUACCUGACAGCAUCAAAUUGAGAGACAUAUCUGCCAGGCCAGGGCCUAACAAAACUCCACCAAUGAUCAAAGAAAUUCCUAUGAACGAUUUGAUUGGACUGAAAGGAGAAAAGGUUCUACUAGACAUAGGAGUUCCAGUGCAUUUAGUAUCAAUGGGUCACCAAGCAUGUGGGGCACUAGAGCUUUGGAACUAUCCAGAGUUUUUGAGAGACCUAAUACCACAUAACAUUGAUGGCACAGAAAGGUCUGAUCAUGUGGACCUAGCUGCUCUUGAAAUUUAUAGGGAUCGAGAAAGGAAGGUAGCUAGGUACAACCAAUUUAGGAGGUCACUUCUGAUGAUACCUAUCUCCAAGUGGGAAGAUCUGACUGAUGACGAGGAAGCAAUUAAAGUAUUGAAAGAGGUGUAUGGUGAUGAUGUUGAAGAGAUGGAUCUGUUGGUAGGUCUCAUGGCAGAGAAGAAGAUCAAAGGCUUUGCAAUCAGUGAGACUGCUUUCACAAUUUUCCUGCUCAUGGCAUCCAGGAGGCUAGAGGCUGAUAGGUUUUUCACAAGCAACUUCAACGCAGAGGCCUACACGCAGAAAGGGCUAGACUGGGUGAACACGACCGAGAGCUUGAAGGAUGUGAUCGACCGUCACUACCCAGAAAUGACACACAAGUGGUUAAAUGCCUCUAGUGCUUUCUCUGUUUGGGAUUUAGCCCCAAACACUCACAAUCACGUUCCAAUUUACCUUCGUAUCCCCCGUUAAUCCUUGUUCCUUUUGGUUAUCGGGGCCUAUUGAUGUGUUUGUAUUGGUUUAUUCUUAAAUUGUCUGUCGUUUUAUUUGAGUAGAUGUAGGUACUGCAUCUAUUACUUGUUUGCAUUUGGGUCUUUUUAACUUAUCCUUUGUUCUUUCAAUAAAACUUAUCCUUCUUCCAUUAAAA